AUGAAAGCUGGUAGUAGUUUAUUAUCUCUCGUCUCUCUGCUGGCAGUUGGAUCUCGAGCCCAGAAUGUUACCGAAAAUAACUUAGAGCCCAGAAGUAUUAGUUUUGGUGGAAAUACAUCUGUAGUUCCAUCUGCAGUGCCACCUCCAGUACCACCUCCACUGAAUUCAACUUAUUUUUGUACUAUUGAUAAAGGUGAAGUGAUAAAUCCAACAUGUGAUGUGACGUUCGAUGAAAUCAAUGAGAUCAAUGGUAAGAUAAGGAAGGAUUUGGUUAGUUUGGUCCAUACUGAUUUUUUCAAAUAUUUCAGAUUGCAUCUUUACAAGCAAUGUCCAUUUUGGAAUCAAAAUAACGGAUUUUGUGUCAACAGAGCAUGUGCGGUAGAUGUGGUGGAAGACUGGGAUAGUUUACCAGAAUAUUGGCAGCCUGAGGUAUUAGGUGGUUUACAAGAAAAUGAAACUAUAAGCGACGAAGAAUCGGUAAAAGAAGAUUGUAAAUUUUUAGACGACCUAUGCGCUAACAAUAAAAAGCAAAGAAUGAUUGAACCUGAUAUUGAAUAUUGUGAUAUUAACGAUCUACACGGUGAAGGUUCUGUACUUGUUGAUUUAACAGCUAACCCUGAAAGGUUUACCGGUUAUGGUGGUCAAGAAUCUUCACAAAUUUGGUCAAGCAUCUACGGUGAAAAUUGUUUUUCACAAGGUGAAACUGGUCAAUCUCUAGCCAAGGAUGCAUUUUAUAGAUUGGUAUCAGGUUUACAUGCAUCAAUCGGCACACACCUUUCGAACGAUCAUUUAAACACAGAGACCGGUAAAUGGGGACCAGAUUUAGAUCUUUUCAUGGCCCGUGUUGGUAAUUUCCCAGAUAGAGUUUCCAACAUGUAUUUUAACUAUGCCGUUGUAUCAAAGGCACUUUGGAAGAUAAAACCAUAUUUGGAUCAUUUGAAAUUCUGUGAUUCCUACGAUCCAAGUGUGAAAGCUACUAUUAUGAACAUUUUAUCACAAUUGGAUAGUAAAGUCUUCAAUGAAAAUUUAAUCUUUGAAGGUGAAUUGAGUUCAAAACUGAAAGAUGAUUUUAGAAUUCGUUUCAAGAACGUAACACAGAUUAUGGACUGUGUUCACUGUGAUAGAUGUAGAAUGUGGGGUAAAGUUCAAACCACAGGUUACGCAACCAGUUUAAAAAUUCUUUUUGAACUAGAUGAAAGUAAUGAAAAUUCCAAGCAACAUGUUGUGGAUAAAUUAACCAAAUACGAGCUGAUUGCACUCUUCAAUACUUUUGAUAGAUUAUCGAAAUCCAUCGAGUCUGUUAAUAAUUUUGAAAAAAUGUACAAUGUGAGACUGGAAGGUGGUAAAAUUGCUUCGUUCUUCAAGCAAAACAAUUUCUUCAAGCUGCUGGGUAGAGCUAGUAGAUCUAUUAGUGAAUCGGUACAAAGUAUCAGUAAAAGUAUAGACCAAGUAUCGGAGAGCCAGAAACCAAGUGGACCAGUUUUUGCAGAUUUAAAGUUACCAGAGACAAAUUCUAAAGGCAGUGAUGAACCUAAGACCAAUGUAUGGGUAAAAGCUUGGCAUACCGAAAUCCACAAUGUUUGUGAAGCCUUUAAGUUCAUCUUUAGAAGCUAUCUCGAUUUACCAAGGAAUUUAUACACUUUGGUUCUAUCGGUAGUAAACAGCAUGUGGAAUUCAUUUGUGGGGGCAAGAUACUGGAAUUGGGAAGAGGAAAAUCCUGUAGUAUACAACUUAAAUACCUGGUAG